AGUAGAGAUGUAGAGAGAGAAACAAGUCAUUCUUUGCUUGGAAGGAUGAACGAAACGAAAAAUGUAUUCCAUUCCAAGAGUAAAAUUAAGGAAAAACCUUUCACAAAAGUAUACUCUCAUCGUUAUUAAAUAAAUAACCCAUCGAAGUGCUGUUUAAGCAAACAAAUCAACUCAAAUUCAAUCUCUCUCUCUCUAAAAAAAAAUCACUCUGGCGGGAGACUUCACAAAAUAACAGAGGUGGAGAGAGAGAGAGUUUGGUGUUGAAUUCGAGAAGAAAAUAUAUGAAGAAGGGAGAGAAUCGGCAAUCUGGGAAAGCACGGAGAUCAGUUGCUGGAAGGGAUCUUCGAUUGUUUCCAUGAGAUCACAGCCGCACUCGCUUUCUCUAGGAUGAGUGACUCUGCUUACAGAGUUGAAACGACGUCGCGCCUCGCCCAAUGGCGGAUCGAAAAUCUCGCCUCCUGCACUUACCGAAAAUCCGAUCCCUUCAAGAUCGGAAUCUGGAAUUGGCAUAUGUCGAUUGAGAAGAGCCGGAGCUUGAUGGUGAAGUUGUAUCCGGAGAUAUCGAAUGUGAGCAGAGAGAAUCCUCCGAUUGCAUCAUUCAUAAUCAGAGCGAUUUCCUCUGUUGGAGAUCGCAAGUGUUUGCUUCAUCCAGAGGUUACUGAUAAGCAGCUCAAGACCAACGAUGACUUCGUCUGGUCUAUUGAGGUUCCCUUCACCGGAAAAUUCAUCAUCGACGUUGAGUUUCUCGACCUCAAAACCGCAUCUCCACACGGAAGUGAGCCUUGCUCCAUUUGGGGUGAAGGAGCAUCUAUGUUGACAGGAACGGCUCUCACAUCGCUAGGUCGGAUGCUAUCCGAGAGCAUCCACACGGACAUUGUGAUCAACGCCUCAGACGGAAGCAUCUCAGCGCAUCGCGCAGUUCUGGCCUCAAGGUCUCCCGUGUUCCGCAGCAUGUUCUCACAUGAUCUGAGGGAGAAGGAGCUCUCAUCCGUCGACAUAUCAGACAUGUCAAUCGAGGCCUCCACGGCCCUCCUCAACUACAUCUACGGGAGCAUAAGGAACGACGAGUUCAUGACCCACAGGCUGCCUCUUCUUCGAGCAGCUGACAAGUACGACAUAUCGGAUCUGAAAGAGGCCUGCCACCAGAGCCUGCUCGAGGACAUUGACACCACCAACGUUCUCGAGAGGCUCCAGAAUGCCUCGCUUUACCAGCUCACGCAGCUGAAGAGCAGCUGCUGA